AGCAGCAUCUGCGGGUUUGCUUUUACUCUGCUCGUUUGUCAGUUGGAGAAAAGAGAGAAAAUAUCUCUCAGCUCGGGAGAAUGCAGAGUCUGUCAGUGCAGGCGCUGGCCCUGCGGCAGCUGGGCAGAUUAAACUCUCUGCAGCUACUAACGCCGUGUCAUGGCUCAGGUCUGAACAUGUGGUGUCCACGAACCUUACAUGCUCGUCAGGUGUGGGGUUCAGCCGCUCCCCAGACAACCAUGUGGACAAAAUUGUGGGACGGACGACAGAGCUGGCCGCUUCACCAGACAAGACUCAAGAGCACAAGAAAGAAAGGAAAACAGAGAGCGGUGCAGGAGGAGGAAGAGGAAGAUCCAGAAGCUAGUGAUUAUGAGAAUGAGCUUCAAGAUGACCCGGGCUUACCUAAAGACUACAAAGACCAUGAGAAAACUGUGCAGUCUCUACGCUUUGAUCUAGUUUUGAAGUCUGGACUGGAUAUUGCACGAAAUGGUGUUGAGGAUGCUUUCUAUAGCCACAAACUGCGAUUGAACGGCCAGAGUCUUACCAAGAAAAGUAAAAUGGUUAAAGUGGGUGACAACCUGGAUCUGAUCAUAAAUGAAGACAAGGAAAUGGACACAGUCUUACUAAAGAGAGUGAUCUUAAAAAAGGUGGUUGGAGAGACAAAAGAUGCAGAAAAGCAAAAAGUCAUGUUAAGAAGCUGGAAACACCUCCAACUUCCCAGAAAGGACGUGUAUAAGCAGUGAAGAGAGAUUUUAUGCCCUGUUUUGAAAAGUGACCGAUUAAAAAAUAAGACAAAAGUUGCAUUUCUCCAACUCUUCUAUCGUUUGUUUCAGCAGACUGCAGUUUUCCUCAUUCUGUGUUCUUCACUGUCUGAUGAACAUGAAAAUAGUUAUCAUGACUCCUUCAUACUACUGAAGACAUUUGGAACACAAAUACAUCCUGUUGUUUAGAAAUUGAUGUGGUCUUAUAUGCGUUGUUUUCCUUUUUUUGUGGCUUUUCUGAUCAGUAGACGUGAGAAGAAUUGGCAUACAUCUGCACUAUAACAGAGCCAAUAUCAAGACAGUCGUGCACAGCAUAACUAAAGUGUUUCUAAACUGUAUUAAAGAAAACGUAUUUAAAAAAAGUUUUUUAUUAUAUGAUCUGAAGGAUAUAGAAUGAUUAAAUGUCCUGACAAUUGCAAAUAUUCUACAGAAUACAGUAUACUUUCCCAAGACAUUAAAGGGAUAGUUCACCUAAAAAUGAAAAUUCUGUCAUCAUUUACUCACCCUCAAGUUGUUUCAAACCUGUAUAUAUUUCUUUGCUGUUGAACACAAAGAAAGAUAUUUGGAAGAAUAUUAGCAAUUUUCAGUUCUAAGACAUCAUCCACUACUAGUAGAAAAAUAUAAUUGUAUUUCUUUCUAUUCUGUUGAACACAAAAUGGAAAA